AUGGAUUUUGACCUUGAAAUUGACGCCUUCGCGAAUGAUUGUCCCGACAUCGUGACGCAGAUGGCUAAGGGGGCCAAGGUGGCCAAGAUGGAAGGUGAGCCUUCCUCAGCCUCAGCAGCUCCCAAGGGCAAAGCGAAGGCGAAGGCCAAAUCCAAAGGGCCAGCAGUUGUGAAGACAUGUUUCAUCUUGACUUGCGACGACGAGUGCGUGAAGAGCAAGCGAUGGUGCAAGAAGCACAACCAGACCUUUGACAACAUGUUUUAUCAGGCAAAGAAAGAAAAUGAAAUCGAAAGCCUUGAGACAGCAAUGAGCAACCCCGAGACCGCAACGGAGGCCAUGGAAGAGUUUGACGAGGAGAACCCGAGCGAAGGGAAAUGGCGACGAAAGAAACUGAUUGUUUGGAGUCAGUUCAAGCGCAAGUACUGUGUGUCGCAGGUGAAGCGGAAAAGAGAUGGAACAAGGCCUUUUGAGUACGGCCAGUGGAUGAUCCGGGGUCAGCAGACCAUGGGCUGGACCAAACAGGCCACACACAAUGAGUGGGAACGAUACCUCAAGGAUAGCCGCAUCGAUCGUGACACGCUUGGCCUUGAGAAGGAUCGAAGCAAGUCCGUUUAUCUUGAAGAAGGUGGGGUUCAAGAGAAACAGCUCAAUGCCGAGGACCGCCGUGUGCUGCUUCAGCAGUGCAAGGGCAACAUGCGUGGUCGUGACAUCGAUGGUUUCUUCAACGAGGAUGCGGCUGACGCAGCUGCUGAGGCUACAACACCGCCUGCGAAGGGCAAGCGAGCCUUGGAAGAGAGCGGUGAGAAGGUCGAGACGUCAGCAGAAAAGAAAGCCCGCAUGAAGUUCGAGAAGCUUGCAUCGUCAGGCCCAGCAUUCACGGCGUUCAAGACGACUGCCUGCAACAAGGUCUUGGACAAGCUUGGUCUUUGCAGCAAAGCAGCCGAGAAUGCCAAGAAGAAGCUUGAGGAAGCUCGCAAGAGUGUCCGGGAGUACCUUGCUCCAAACUCUUCUGAGCAGGAUGCUGUUGCGCUUUCGUAUCAGUCUUGCCUCGAGGCCUGUGAGGCAGCCUUGAGAUGUUGGGAGGUUGACAUGCCCUCCCCGAGUGAUGCUGAUCGGGAGAAGGCCCUUGAUGAUCUGAAGAAAGCGCUUGAAAGUGUGGGCCCUGAUGUCAAGCUCGUGAAGAGUGAUGCUAGCUUGAUGCCUUCUGUCUACUUCACAUGCAGGGCUCAUGGUUUGAAGAACCUGACAGAUGCGAAGGAGGUCAGUGACAUGCAGACCACCCUGAUCAAAACCGAGCUUGCGACCGUGGACCUGUUCAUGAAAGCAUUGCUCAAGAUCAGCAGUGACGUGCAGAGCUAUCUCAAGCAAAAGAAAACGUCGCAGGAACGAGCGGAUGCCAGGAAGAAGAGGCAGCAAGAGGCAGACGAAGCGGUGAAGAUGAGGGAGGCUGCCAAAAAUGCAGCUGCUAAGGCCAGGAUGUUCAGCAAGCUGAGUCACCCAAUCUUUGGCAUCAAGGAUAGCUGCUGGAAGCCGUUUGUUGUGCACUCCGGUCAGGGCUUCGACCCGGCUGCGCAUGCGGAUGAGCCAUGGGUGAUGCGUGCCAGUGAAGCCGUCAAGACAUGGAGGAAUCAUGCAGAGAGCAGCGUGAAGCUCAUGGAGUUUGGUGGUGGCUACCAAAAGGCUCCAUCGGUAAAGACCGAUGGCAGGGCCAUGGCGCCUGUCCUGCAGAAACAAGGGAAGGAGCAAGCAGUCGCCUUGAUGACAGGCUUUGCACCGACUGCAAAGUUGUUGGACGUGUCCAAGCUCCAAGACGGGGCCAACUUUCAGGCCAACAUGUGGUACUGGGGCUUUGACAGCAAAAUGUCUGGAGGCUUCCUCGCUCCCAAUGCGGCUGCGAUGAUCCGAGUGGUUGCCAUGGGCGGGGUGAACUUGGUGGCGUUCAACCUGACCAAGCUUGUUGAGCAAAUGGACAACAAGGAGCCGAAUCUCAAAGAUGUGGUCGAUUUCGUCCUCAACAUGGAUGACACCUACAUCGCCCAGCAUGGUGAUGCCAAGCUGGGUUACACAGUGACCCUGGCACAGGACGAUGUGUGCUACAUUCCGCAAGGAUGGUUCUUGGCCGAGCAAAGCACAGGUUGCUUGUUAACGUACGGCAUUCGCAAGAGCUACAUGAUCGACACUCCGCAUGCGGCUGAGAACUACAAGACAGCUUUGAGUUUGUUGAAAAGAUCCGGGCGUGACAUAACCAAGAUGGAAGAGGUGGCCAAGCAAUUCUCCAAAGACACCGAGCUGGCCCAGACUUCCUGA